ACUGUCGUAUUAAAUCUAUCCAUGUGAAGUUUGUACCCUCCACCACCAACCAACCAACCAAAUAUCAUAUGUACUGCUUCACACCAUAAAAUCAGAUCCAUCCCGUGAUCCACACAAUUUUCAAAACACUCUCCAAGUUAACCUUUGCCAUUUCUUGUUACCAUAUUUCAUGGCCCCGCAUUUUCACUUAUGUUUCUUGUUUUUCAUCUACACUGCCGCCUAUCACCACCGUAACUGUGUCCAAGCUACAUCAUCUGCCAUCAAAGAAGCUUGCAAAGCCACAAGGUUUCCGAAAACAUGUCAUGUUUCACUCACCAAAUCCGGUAUAGUCCCUACGGAUCCUAAGCCUUACCAAAUCCUACUGUCCACGUUGUCCCUGUCUUCUAAGAACCUUGCCACAGCAGAGUCCAUGGUCCAAAGGAUCUUAAAAGACAAGCACAACGCGGACAACCAUAACCUCACAACGACCGCGGAACUCUGCGUGGAGUCCCUCCGCCACUCGGUGUACCGUCUCACAUCUUCCAAGAAGGCUUUACAACAUAGCCGAAUGAAGGACGCACGUGCUUGGACGAGCGCGGCCUUAAGCUACCAGUUCGAUUGCUUGUCCGGGUUGAAGAAGGUCAACGACACACAACUGGUGGCCAAAACGGUGUUGUUCAUGAACAACACGUUGAUGACGUCCACAAGUAACGCAUUAAGCAUGAUGAUGUCAUACGAAAGAUUUGGAAACCGAACUAGUUGGUGGGGCCCUCCGAGGACUGAGAGGAAUGGGGUGUGGGAGAGUGUCGGUGGUGGCUCGUCGGGUCAUGAACCUAUGGUUCCUGCGGGUUUGAAGCAGAAUGUGACCGUGUGCAAAGGGGCUGGCGUAUGUAGUUUUGAGAUGGUUCAGAUGGCGGUGGAUGCGGCUCCGGAUAACCUUGGUGGUGAACGACGGUUCGUGAUUAUGAUAAAGGAGGGUGUUUAUGAAGAGGUUGUUCGUGUUGGGUUGGCAAAGAGAAAUGUUAUGUUGAUUGGGGAUGGUAUUGGUAAAACAGUAAUUUCGGGGUCCUUGAAUGUCGGUAAGCUUGGGAUGCCAACAUACAAUACAGCCACUGUCGGGGUUGUCGGUGAUGGUUUCAUGGCAAGAGAUCUAACAAUCCAAAACACAGCUGGUCCAGAGGGUCAACAAGCAGUAGCUUUCCGGUCAGACAGUGAUUUAUCCAUGAUCGAAAACUGCGAAUUCAUCGGUAAUCAAGACACUCUAUAUGCUCAUACCCUCCGUCAGUACUACAAAUCAUGUAUCAUCCAAGGCAAUGUCGACUUCAUCUUCGGCAACUCGGCUGCUAUCUUCCAUAACUGCACCAUCCUCGUCCGCCCUCGCGAGCUCGUAAAAGCGGGCAACAGCGUCAUCUCAGCGCAUGGUCGGUUCGACCCUGCGCAGACCACCGGAUUCGUGUUCCAAGAUUGCGUAGUAAGUGGCACCCCAGAAUACAUGCAGUUGCUCCCCAAAAACCCUAGUGUGUUUCUUGGGAGACCAUGGAAGGAGUACUCAAGGAGUGUGUUUUUGAGGUGUAGAUUGGAGGGAAUUGUGUCACCAUUUGGAUGGAUGCGCUGGGAUGGUGAGUUUGCGUUGAAGACACUUUACUUUGGGGAGUUUGGUAAUGUGGGGUUGGGGUCUAAUUUGUCUGCAAGAGUGUGGUGGAGCAGUCGGACUCCGGCUGAUCAUGUUAGUGUGUAUUCGGUGCACAAUUUCAUUCAAGGUGAUCACUGGAUGCUAACAUAGAUAGUCUUGACAAAUUCAUAUUAUAAAUCCUUUUGGUUGGCCUUUUGCUUUUGAGAUUUUACCAAACAAGAAUUAGAGUA